AUGUCGGAUAUGUCAGCAACUGUUUCAUCCACAACAAAUGGAUUCCAUAUUGAAGGUUAUGAAAAAAUUACCUACGAUUUUCGUUUCAUCGACAACAUCUUCGAUCCAAAACACCACGAUCUUGCCGAUUGUUAUCAUUCAUGGGGCCGAUGUUUGGUUGUCAUCGAUGAUAACGUGUACAAAAUGUACGGUCAAGCAUUGGAAAACUAUUUCACCGUGCACAACAUUAAAUGUACAGUCAAAGUCAUCCAAGGUGGCGAAUUACGCAAAACAAUGAAGACAAAAUUAGAAAUCCUAGAUACAUUCGCCGAAUUUGGCCUUGUUCGUAAAGAACCAGUCUUGGUCAUUGGCGGUGGUGUCUUAACAGAUGUGGCUGGCUAUGCAUGUGCAUCCUAUCGACGUACAUCCAAUUUCAUUCGUAUACCAACGACAUUGAUCGGCUUAAUCGAUGCUAGUGUAUCGAUCAAGGUCGGUCUCAACCAUGGCAAACUUAAAAAUCGACUUGGCGCAUAUCAUGCACCAUUGAUCACAUUUCUUGAUUUUUCAUUCUUGAAAACUUUGUCCCAAGGACAUAUUCGCAACGGAUUUGCUGAAUUAGUCAAAAUUUCAACAGUCGCCGAAAAAACCGUCUUCGAUUUACUCGACAAAUAUGGUGAAGAAUUAAUUUCAACACAUUUCGGUUAUUUAGAUGGCGCCUCCGAAGAAGUUCGCAAGGCUGCUAAACAAAUCAAUUAUAUUGGCAUCAAAAAGAUGCUCGAACUCGAGGUACCAAAUCUCCAUGAAAUCAUGCUUGACCGUGUUAUUGCUUUCGGACAUACAUGGUCACCAACACUUGAACUUACACCACCCAUUCCACUUCGUCAUGGUCACGCCAUCAACAUCGACAUGGCUUUUUCAGUCACCGUCGCAUGGAAACGAGGUUUGAUCACCAUAGAAGAACGUGAUCGUAUCCUUCGUUUAAUGUCACGCGUUGGCCUUACACUUGAUCAUGAACUGUUCACCAUAGAUUUAAUCUGGAAAGCAACCAAAUCGAUUAUGUUAACACGUGAUGGUCAUCAACGUGCAGCUAUGCCCAAUCCAAUCGGUACAUGUACAUUCGUGAAUGAUUUAACCUAUGAAGAACUCGAACAAGACUUAAAAGAACACAAAGCACUCGUUAAAAACUAUCCACGCGCUGGUGCCGGUGUCGACGCAUAUAUUGAUCAAAGUGAUUAUAUGGAAAUACACGAUGGUGAUAACAUGGUCCUAACAAAAGCAUUAAAUGGAGAAUUACUCGUUGAAGCUGUCUCUUCAACGUUAUCUUCAUCAUUAGGAAUGAACUUGAAAACCAUCGCAGCAGAGAAAGCUUAUCGUUCAGCCAUCAUGUGA